AUGUCGAACCAACUAUUCGCUGUGAUUUUAAGAUAUUGUGCAAAUGCAUGGGUGAAAUUUAAUGGCUAUCGGCAACGAGAUCGUGAGCAUGAAGUAGAUCCUCGAAUGACUCAAAGUAUGAUAUCAGAAAGAAUACAACGAUCACAGUCUCCAGUUGAUGUGAGCUUAGCACUUAGUGAAGAUUCGACAAUCACAAUUACAGAAUUGAAUAAUCGAAACGGUUCUGCAUUCAACGCCAAUUCCAUCAAUGCUACACCUGUUAUGAGAAGACGUCGAAGUCAAAUGAGUGGAGUACGACAAAGAAAUUAUCGAAUAUUAGAUCAGAAUGAAUCGAAAUUCAUCCUCCAACAACAGAGUGCAGCGGCCAUUGAAGAGAAGAAAGGAACGUUGCUGAGGAGGAAGAGCAGCAAAAAAUUAAUUGAACCUGUGCCAAUGAUCAUCACCCCUCCGGUACUGAUGCCUCGAACGCAGUGCUGUGCGGUUUGCAACAAAGAAAAAAGCAGUGGCUACGUAGUGACAACAAGAACACAAUCGUAUCCUCUCGAAGCAAUGUCGGCGGUUUCAACCGAUCGGACAACGGAUGAGGAAACCGCCCGCCUUUCCUUCGUUUCCUCUUCCACUGGUUACAGUAGUGCAAGAUCCUCUCUGCGGAGCUCUGACGGCGGAGAUGAAACAAACAACAACACUAACUCGGCUGGAAAUCGAGAUAGCGCUAUCUCAACAACAUUUUCCUUGUCAUCUCAAUCAUCUGCUCGACGAUCGGCUCUUCUUACGAAAGGAUCACUGACGCAUUUGGAUCGAAUUGCUAUUGAACUUUUGGACACCGAAAGAACAUAUGUAGAGGAUUUGAAUGCAGUGAUCAAAGGAUACAUGGACUUUUUAGUUGAGGACCGGGAACGGCUCAAAGUUACACUCGAUGCAAUUUCUUCUCUAUUCGGGUGUAUCGAACGGAUUUUCGCGUUCAACAAACAGCUGUACAAUCAACUUGAUUUAGCAGAUUUGGAUUGUGUCAAAAUGAGCAGAUGCUUUGUGGACAACUAUGGAAAGUUCGAAGAUUACAUUGAAUAUUGCACAAAUUACCAUCGCAUGAUGUCCACACUUUAUCAAUUACAACAACAACCUCUGGUGGCAAGAGCACUUCUUGAAAGACAACAAGCACUGAAUCACUCACUGCAACUCUCAGCAUAUCUGUUGAAACCAGUUCAACGAAUUCUGAAAUACCAUCUGUUCUUGGAGAAUAUUUUGAAAAAUAUGCCAACAACAACUCAUCCAGAAGAACUGAAUCAAGUGAAGAGAGCUCAUGAAGUGAUGACGUCACAGGCGGCAAGAAUCAAUGAUGAGAAGAAGAAAGCAGAACAUAUUGAAAGAGUCGGACAGUUACAGUCGACACUUCAGAAAUGGAAAGCCGAUGAGAUCCAAAUCAGUAAUUUGUCUGCAUAUGGAGAUUUAUUAUUGGAAGCAUCUUUCCGCCAAGCUGGUUCCAAAACCACUCGUCUAUUGUUCCUUUUCGAAGAAAUGUUGCUAAUUGUGAAACAGCGGGGAUCAAACUAUGUUUGUAAAGAUUACAUUAUGUGUUCCAACUUGAUGCUUAACGAAUGGAUUUGUCCAGAAGAACCAUUGAGUUUCCAAGUGUUAUCAUUCGAUAAUCCACGUGCUCAAUAUGUGUUUUUGGCAUCUUCAAUGGAACAGAAAAGGACAUGGAUGCAAGAAUUGAAACGAAUGAUGUUGGAUCAUUACUCUAUUGAAAUUCCUGAAAAGACAAAACAAUUAAUGUUGAGUAUUGAUAACACAAAAGUUGUUCCAUUCGGUAGACCAGAAUUCGCUGAGGUUUCAAUGAAGAAUCAUAAGAAAGUUCCAAAAUAUUUGGAGAAGAGAAGAAAGUCUGUUGACGCUAAGGAGGAAAGCAGUAGGAGACGAAGUUUGUCAGCAUCUCGACUUCUCGGAGGCAGUAAAACUUCCAUCUCGGAGCCAAUCAGGGAAGAACAGAAAUGCACUUGUCAUAUGAAUGGUGGAAUUUAUAAUGGAGGGAACCCAACUACAUCAAGAUCUGUAACGCAUAAAAUGCUAACCCAUCAAGAAUCUCAUCCAACUUUACCGGAAUCUAACUUCUACCGUCCACCAGUGUGUCGCACUCAAUCCGCAGCAACCAUUGACCUCAACCAGGUCAAUAUCACGGAGCCAAGUACAGCGGCUGUUCUCUCAUCGAGAAGUCGGUACCAACAAGCCAGAAACCGUCGACUCCCACCCCGUCAUAAUCAAGAGUCUCGAUCAACAUCUAGUCGUCGUUUGGGCGACGAUGAAAUUGAUAGAACUUUCGAUCAGCUCUACGAGGAAUUGGUGUCUUAUGGUGACUCUGCAAAGCAGCAGACGUCAGCGACAAACACACAAAACCACAGACAACGCCUUAGGUCGGAGGCUCCUCCGAGUACCGUAACCACAAUUACAGUAUCUGCGACUCCUGCGACAGCGACGCUUUCAGUGGCGGAAUGUGCGAAUACACGACUCCGCUCAAAAUCUCUAACUCGUCUGGAUGAAUAUGAGGCUGAGCCGAUUUGUUUGAAACCAAGUAUUGAAAGACGGUAUUCGAAAGUAGAUCAAUUGAAAAAAAGAUCAAGAAAAUAUCAAGUAAAUCAAGAGCCAGAAGCUGCUGAUGUGUUACGUCCGAGUGUGGGAAGAUUCUCGUUAACGGAUCAUGAGAUUAUUAUUCAUGGAGAGGAGCCGUACAAACGGAAUUCUGGACGCCAACGUACUCCACUAACAGCCCAACAAGCAGCCGAACUCGACGACUACUUCCCAUCAUCCUCCUCAAUGAACUCAGCUCCGCAAUCAUGCUCCAGCAGUGCAACUCCAUCAUUGAUGUCUAUAAUCCGACAGUAUGAAAAUGCAUAA